GUUUCCUUAUUGUUGUUUGUUCUGCAGUUACAUGCCUGUUUCUGGAUUCCAAGGUGUCCUUUCAGGGUUCUUAGUCGGAAUCAAGCAGAUAUUACCUGAUCAAGACCUAUCAUUGUUGAAAAUAAAGGCAAAAUGGUUGCCUUCGCUUGCACUACUGGUGUCCAUCAUUAUAAGCUUUUUCACCACAGAAUCGGCAUCUUAUCUUCCCACCAUGAUAUUUGGUACCUAUAUAGGUUGGAUUUACCUCAGAUAUUGGCAAAGAAAGCCAGAAACAAAACGAAGAGGCGAUCCAAGUGAUGAAUUUGCCUUCUCUACCUUUUUCCCUGAAUUUUGCAGGCCGGUUAUUAAUCCACUUGCGACGAUAUUUGAGCGGAUGCUUUGUGGAAGACGAUCUGAAAUGUCAGACGAGUCUGGGGGCUAUACUUUAGGAAGCACCACAUUGCCUGGUUCUGAUCCCAUUGAAGCAUCUAGGAGGAGGGAAAGAGGUGCUCGAGCACUAGAAGAAAGAUUGGCAGCUGAGAGACUUGCUGCCACAGGAAGGGCAGACAAGACAGAAGAAAACGCCACUGAGAAUGUGUAGAAGCUCUUGUAUUGCAAAUUUUAUAUGCUCAACUUACCAGUUCCAUGCUCUGUUACAAGUCUCUGCACCAUUUGUUCAUAUAUACGAUUGAAUUCAAAGGGAAUUUUGGCAUAUGGUGAUCA